GGGCGAGCGCUCCAGCUGGCGGGAAGGAGGAAGGGCCGGGCGCUGCGCAGAGGCGGGCGCCUACCAGCCGGCAGCUCCGGAGCUGCCCGCGCCAUGUCCGCAUACAAUCGGGGCACCGAGCUCGACCUUAGCUGGAUCUCCAAAAUACAAGUGAAUCACCCGGCAGUUCUGAGGCGUGCGGAACAAAUCCAGGCUCGCAGAACCGUGAAAAAGGAGUGGCAGGCUGCUUGGCUCCUGAAAGCUGUUACCUUUAUAGAUCUUACUACACUUUCAGGUGAUGAUACAUCUUCCAACAUUCAAAGGCUCUGUUAUAAAGCCAAAUACCCAAUCCGGGAAGAUCUCUUAAAAGCUUUAAAUAUGCAUGAUAAAGGCAUUACUACAGCCGCCGUUUGUGUUUAUCCCGCCCGGGUGUGUGAUGCUGUAAAAGCACUCAAGGCUGCAGGCUGUAAUAUCCCUGUGGCAUCAGUGGCCACUGGAUUUCCAGCUGGACAGACUCAUUUGAAGACACGAUUAGAAGAGAUCAGAUUGGCUGUGGAAGAUGGAGCUACAGAAAUCGACGUGGUAAUUAACAGAAGCUUGGUGCUGACAGGCCAGUGGGAAGCCCUGUAUGAUGAGAUUCGUCAGUUUCGCAAGGCCUGUGGGGAGGCUCAUCUUAAAACUAUAUUAGCGACAGGAGAACUUGGAUCUCUUACUAAUGUCUAUAAAGCCAGUAUGAUAGCAAUGAUGGCAGGAUCAGAUUUUAUUAAGACCUCUACUGGAAAAGAAACAGUAAAUGCCACCUUCCCGGUAGCUAUAGUAAUGCUGCGGGCCAUUAGAGAUUUCUUCUGGAAAACUGGAAACAAGAUAGGGUUUAAACCAGCAGGAGGCAUCCGCAGUGCAAAGGAUUCCCUUGCUUGGCUCUCUCUUGUAAAGGAGGAGCUUGGAGAUGAGUGGCUGAAGCCAGAACUCUUUCGAAUAGGUGCCAGUACUCUGCUCUCGGACAUUGAGAGGCAGAUUUACCAUCAUGUGACUGGAAGAUAUGCAGCUUAUCAUGAUCUUCCAAUGUCUUAAAUUAGUCACCAGUUCCAGAAAAGUUCUUUACGACAACGUUUAAAAAUUAUUUUUCUACGUAAUUGCUAAAAUUAUUUAAUUAAAAAAUUGGGCAGUAGGUAACUGUCAUUCCUCUCUUUAAAAUUGCUACCGAACUUAAUGGAAUGGAAAAAGCAAACUCAUCCACAUGUGGUACUAAUUUCAGGCACAUCUGAAAUGAUCUUAAUUACUAGAAGAUCUGCACUAUUAACUUUGUGAAGAGUUUCUCCUAAAAACUUUAAGUAAAAUGUUAAUGGUAGCUUUGAUAACAUCAAAUUCUAAGGGAGAAAAAAACAAUAUUAAACCGCCCAAGCAGUGUGCCCUAGCAGAGGAAAAUGCAACAUCUCGCAAGCGCUGCUGUAACGACUUCAGGAGUCACUGAUUCAGCACUAAUUUCCUGCCGUGAAAACUCGUCUUUCAUUUUUGCUGUGGAUAGGCGCUUUUAUUAAUUGUUGUCCUAAUGAAAUUUCUGGCAUUGUCAUAUACAACUAUGAAUAUCAUUAAAAUUUUUAAAAUAAUAAA